AACAGCAUCAAGAAUUGAAAACUUUAAAGAAAACUAGCUUUGUGUUUCCAUCAUGACAUCAACACUGCGACACCAGAGGUUCGAACCCAAGCCAGCCACGAAACCCAAGACAACAAACGAGAACCUGACCACGAAGCGGAAGACGUCAUUACUUUCUGGCAUGUCUCCGGAAGCCAGGAAAGCCAUGCUGAUGAUCAAACAGGACAGCAAAGACAACGUCACUGCGCAUGUCGGAACCGGAAACGGUCUAAACACCAAAACGAAACCGCUGGUUUCGACGUGCAGGCAAAGCGACAAUAACAACAACAGCGAUGUUAGUAAACACCCAGUCAAUAAAAACGAAACGAAAGAAUCGGACAUUCCCGCACAACAAAAUGGCGGGAAGCACACGAAAAGCGAGCAAGAGGUCCAGAGAUUCCGCAACGUGAAAGCGUUUUCUCACGCGACGAACGUCACGGCGAGAUCACGGAGCACGCUGUCACGCACGGAGAAAACGUACUCCGAGGAGGGUCACUACGAGAGCGGCUUCCCCUUUGACCAAACCAGCAACGACAAAAUCACCACCAGCAGCCUCUACAACACCAACUACGAACACGACGACGACAUGAAUAACGGGAACCCCCGCGUCUUCGAAUACGACGACGAAAGAAACGACGGCUCGGAUGACGAAAACGAAAGUAAAAAUAAAGAAGUCUCGUCUUCAGAGCAGGAAUCUGAAAUCCCUACGAGUUUCGUCUUGGCUUUGGACCGCGCUUUAGAAGAAAACUGCAUCAGCCGACUCCGGGGCGACAUCACGGACACGAUGAGGAUUUCAGAAACUGGCAAAGUUCGCGCGCUUGACGGCGGACGUUUGGCCAACGCCCAGGAAGUUGUCGUCAACGUCUGCCACGAAGACGAUAAGGAGCUCGUCUUUCACGACGACGACGAGGAAAGUCUGGAAACGGCGAAGACGAUCUCGCAGAUUCGCGUCAACAUCUGGAUGGAGUACAACGCCAACUUUGAGCACGAGAAGGAUGAAGCCGCCGCGAUUGACCUUGAACUUUGCUCCGACCCGGAACCCAGGCUGGAGGCCAAACCGGAAAGGUCGUUUCUCAAACCGCCAGCCGUCACGACGGCGACGCCGCGAGGUCGGGAGAUCAAAACCUCCGCCAGCAAAAUGGAUUUCUCGCCACGGAACAGAAGUAAAUCGGUACGUAAAGACGGCAACAACAACAGCACCAACAACAACAACAGCAACGGGAGCUACAGCAGCGCCAAAACUAAGUCUGCGACUACCGGCAGCAUCACAGAUCAUUCUUCAACGAGACUGGGGUCCGUCAAGUCCACAACGGAUGCCAGAAUUCCAGGAUCCAAAGACAAAAUCGCAAUCCGUUCAAAAUAAAAUCAACACUGCAGUAAAAUAUUGACCGUCGAAACGCUUAAAGUUGACAUCUUUUCUUUAUAAAGUUUUGUAAUUUUCUAGCAGAUACAAAAGACUGUCUUCAAAACUGUCGCUGUUGUCUGUAUUAGAGACUUGCCAAAAUGUUUUUAAAAUAAACUUUUCACUACAAUUGACAAUCAAAAACGUAUCUCUGAUUUGAGACUUGCAUCAAUAUCUUUUUUAAAAAAAAACUUUCACUGCUCUUGUUCACAACGUUCCUGAAUGUGAAGACCUACAUCGCUCCGUGCCAACAUCGAACUCUGUAAGGUUUUAGUUUUGAUGGAGAUGAGACUCGACGUGUAUGGGGACUUAAUAAAAAAGCUUUACGCUUUCUGACAUAAAUUAAGACCCACAGACGUACUCGGCCACAAACUAACAGUCUAACAAAACUGAAAAAAAAACGACACAAUCUGACGCAUUCCGAAAUAAUCUGACAAGAUUUUUCUUACACUAUCUUACAUCACUACAAUAGUUGUCUUUCAAAUAUUUAUGUAAUCAUGUUUUAUUUUAACUUAUAAAACUGUAAAUAAAGUGUGGUUUAUGCUUUAAUAUAUUUAUUUUGAUGCAUCGUGGGAUUGUGUAGACUACUGGUCUGAAGUAAAUGUAGA